UGCUUUGUGUGCGGCGGCGGGCGCGGGGCGCUGGGCGAGGGGCCGCGGGCGGGCGGCGGCAUGGAGGAGCUGAGCAGCGUGGGCGAGCAGGUCUUCGCCGCCGAGUGCAUCCUGAGCAAGCGGCUCCGCAAGGGCAAGCUGGAGUACCUGGUCAAGUGGCGCGGCUGGUCCUCCAAACAUAAUAGCUGGGAGCCAGAGGAGAACAUCCUGGACCCACGGCUGCUCCUGGCCUUCCAGAAGAAGGAGCACGAGAAGGAGGUACAGAACCGGAAGAGAGGGAAGAGGCCCCGGGGCAGGCCCAGGAAGCACACAGUUAUGUCCUCCUGCAGCCGCCGCUCCAAGCUCAAGGAACCCGACGCGCCCUCCAAAUCCAAGUCCAGCAGUUCCUCCUCUUCCUCCACAUCGUCCUCGUCUUCCUCAGAUGAUGAUGAUGACAGUGACCUAGAUGCUAAAAGGGGCCCCCGAGGCCGUGAGACCCACCCAGUGCCUCAGAAGAAGGCCCAGAUCCUGGUGGCCAAACCCGAGCUCAAGGAUGCCAUCCGUAAGAAGCGGGGACGCAAACCCCUGCCCCCGGAGCAGAAGGCAGCCCGACGGCCCGUGAGCCUGGCCAAGGUGCUGAAGACCGCCCGGAAGGAUCUGGGGACCCCAGCCAGCAAGCUGCCCCCUCCUCUCAGCGCCCCUGUGGCAGGCCUAGCGGCCCUCAAGGCCCAUGCCAAAGAGACCUGCGGCGGCCCCAGCACCAUGGCCACCCCAGAGAACCUGGCCAGCCUGAUGAAGGGCAUGACCGGCAGCCCCAGCCGUGGAGGCAUCAGCUGGCAGAGCUCCAUUGUGCACUACAUGAACCGGGUGAGCCAGAGCCAGGCCCAGGCGGCCAGCAGGCUGGCACUGAAGACCCAGACCUCCAGCAAGUGUGGCCUUGGGCUGGACCUAAAGAUGAGGACGCAGAAGGGGGAGCUGGGGAUGAGCCCCCCAGGAAGCAAAGUCCCAAAGGCCCCCAGCAGUGGGGCUGUGGAGCAGAAAGGGAGCAGCGCAGGGGGAGGACCCCACACCCACAGCAGCAGCAAGGUCCCUGCCGGGUGCCCUGGUUCCCAACUGGCACCCACCCAGGAGCUGAGCUUGCAGGUCUUGGACUUACAGAGUGUCAAGAACGGCAUGCCUGGGGUGGGCCUGCUUGCCCGCCAUGCCACAGCCACCAAGGCUGUCCCUGCCCCCAGCCCAGCCCCAGGGAAGGGCACUGGGAGUGGCCCCAGUGGGGUGAGCGGGGCCAGCAUGGCCACAGAGUUGGGCAAAGGGGAGAAGCUGGCCUCCAGAGCAGCAGCACUACCCACCCCUGCAGGCAAGAGGGAGAACGUCAAGAACAGCACUGCCCCCAGCGGGCAGGAAGGCCACGCAGCCCCGGGAGAAGUCCGCAAGGCGGCCAUGCUGUCGGAGAUGAGCACCGGUGAGGAGAACAGCAGCUCAGACUCAGACCCUGACUCAGCCUCAGUGCCAGGUGCUGGGCAGAGCCUGUCCGUGUCCAUCCAGACCAGCCAGGACUGGAAACCUACCCGCAGCCUCAUUGAGCAUGUGUUUGUCACCGAUGUCACAGCCAAUCUCAUCACUGUCACGGUGAAGGAAUCCCCCACCAGUGUGGGCUUCUUCAGCCUGAGACAUUACUGAGGCCCAAGGCCCCCACCUGCCCAGAUCUGCCCCCUUCUCCCUCUGCCUUUGGUGAUACGUGACCUGCAGCCAGCAGCUGAGGGCUGUUUCUGGAGGUCUGCACCACAGGCUUGGAGACUUCUCCCCAGACCCGACCCUGCCCUGCCCUGGAACUUCGGGCUGCCUCCUUGCCUUGCUGGAGCCUGGCUUCCCCUGUGUUCCUACCUCUCCAGGCCUCCCUUCACUCCCAUCACCUCAGGAAGUCCGAGUGACCGGGUGGCUCAAGUCCCCUGCCUGGACGCCGCAGGUCUCCACAUGAAUUUGGGUGCCCCUUCCUAGCCUGAAAUGACCAGUCAGACCUGCUUUGUUCCCAGUGCUGGGAACAGAGGAGGAGCUUCUGGUACAGCUAUCUGUUCCCCACAGGGGUGGGGAAAGUAGGGUGGGACAGCCCCCAGCAUCCUUUUGCCUGGCACCAGUCUUCAGAAGAUGAAGUGGGGUGGGGAAGGGACCUGGGAGGCAGGAAGCCCAACCAGAGCUGUGCCUGAGCCUUUAAGGUCGAGGUUGAGGUCCUGCCCCAGCAGCUGCAAGGACAGUUGCGGAAAGCAAGGUUGGUGACCCCAAAGAGGCUGGCUUCGGCACCUUCUGACCCUGCUUCAGAGUAACACUUCCAGCCCACAGUUGUGGGCCUCUGAAGUCCAGCAAGGUAGCAUCAGAGGAUCCUCCAGGUUCAGGAGUAGGGACCAGAUGUCACUGUUGCCUCCUGCCAGCCUGUGCCCCAGGGUUUGUUGGAGUACAUCCUAGUCCCAGGGCUGAAGCUGCUGGGCCUGGAGGAGGGGGUAGACACAGGCUGGGAAGCCGAAGGUGGGAGAGUUGGGCCAACGGGCCUUGUGCAGGCGGGGCCUUUAGCAGGCAAGCUUCACUCCCUGAAUUUGCCGGCCUAAUCCUGUGGCCCCUGGGCGGCCCUGGCAGCCUCACAGGAGGACGGGGAGUGCAAACGUUUGCCGCAGGUCCAUGACCCUGACCCAGUGCAUAGGCCACUCCUUGGGUGCCACUUUCCCUGACAAUCCACACACACAGAAUAUGGGGGGUUCCAUAUUCUGCUUCCCAAUUGAGAAGCAAUCUCCCUGUGCCAUUGUGGAUGUGGGACAAAGUUUGAGCAGCCCACCUCGCUGAAAGUCCUGUUCCCUCCCCUCCAGGAAACAAGAUUCUGAGCCCAUCCAAGGGCCUCCCAGUGCUGAGUCUUAGAACUGCCUUGCUAAGAUUUCUGGUCCUUGUCGGGAUUUUUGUCCAGGGAUGUCAGCAGAAAGGUGGUCAGAAGGUGGCAGUGGUAGGCAAUCUGGUUUUGUGAUGCCAAAAAAAAAAAAAACCAGGGGAGGUCUGGAACGGCCACUGGCCUGCAGAGGGGCUCUUGGCUCCAGCUGCCUUGCAGAGAGCUGUCCUUCCUCAUACCAGCCCUGACUGGGUGGUUCACAGGGGGCUUGCCAGGCUGCAGGGCUCCCAGAUCCUCACCCCCACACCAAAUAGGAAGAGAUGGCCUUUGUGUAGCCAAAUUGACCUCAAGAGUGUGCCUUUGGGGACAGACCAUGUCCAUGACUGCACUGAGGGUCAUCCGGGUCCACCUGACAGGGAGUGCUGCCUGCAGCGGGAACAGUGCCCACCCUGCAGGUUCCUUCCUGCCAGGCGCUGUACUGCCUUAGAGGUUCCUUCGAGCCCUUGAGGGGGACCUAGAGUCCCGCUAGCUGUUAGAGAAGUAGGGGUGUUUGUCCCUGGGUGUCUGGGCUGACUGACCAGCCUUGUCCCCAGCUGCCGAGUCUCUCCAGACCCCGAUUUGGUGCCUUUCUUUCUACCAGCUACUUCAAUCCCAAAGUUUAAGUCUGCGAACACCUUCCCAGCCACUCUGCCUUCUUGCCGUGUUGUGUGUCGUGACCCCAGUGUUUUAUGUUAUGGAAGAGCGUGUACAGGUGCAAGAGUCCCGGCUGGAGGGGUGCACCAGACGUUCCAAGUCGGUCACUUAUGUUUACCAAUAAAUAAAAGUAGUUCUUUUUAUAUUUUCA